AUGGCACUUCGCCUCGUUGCCCGAGACCACGGCAUGCUACGUGCGGCAGUGCUCAUCACCGCAGCCGGCAAGUGGGCGGAAGGAGCCACAGGCCUGGAAGCGAAGGAGAGGAAGGAGCAAGUUCGGGGAGUGGAUCCCCAGAUCCCAAGACAGGGAUCGGGUCGACGCGUGCUGUGCGGAAUUAGCGCCGCAGCAGCUGCACUGUUUACAGCUGCCCGCAGAGUUAGGACUUCGCCACGGGCCUCCCCAACCCCAAUGCCUACCACGAGCAACCGAAGCUUGCUCAAGUCGCGCGUGCAGAUCAUAGGCUCUUGCUGCGUGAUCAUUAUGCAAUACGCGCUCCUCCAGAUCUUCAGCAUCUACAGCUCUGAGCUGCUGGAACCAGGGGAUGCGAACCAGCUCUAUGCGGCGGCCAACUGGGGCGCCUGCUUCCUGGCGGCUCCAGCAGGAAUCGUCUUCGACGCCCUCGGCCCCGCCUGGGCCUGUCUUCUGGGCGGGAUCUGCAGCAGCUCUGGCAUGGCAUGGGCCACGGCAUCGUUGCUCGGAACGCCGAGGAUUUAUUCAGCAAUGGCUGGAUACUUCUUGUUCGGCUUCGGAGCAACGCUUUUGAACACGGUUGCUGUUCUAGCGGCAGUGCGCGCUGCACCGCCGAAGCAGUCUGCAAAGGUCUCUGCAGGUGUGCUUUGCUCGCUUGCCAUUGGAAUGAGCAUCCACACUGCGGUGCAUGCACAGUGGUUCCGUGGGGCACCGUUCGACUUUCUGGCCUACCAGAUUGUCUACAGCCUGGUGAGUGGCAUGCUAGGCUUCCUGGUCUUUCGCUCUUCGGCCUGGAAGUCCGUGAUUGACUCCGCAGAAGAGGAAGGUGCGGCCUCCUCUGCGGGAGCUGAGCCCAAGUCGCCCAAAUCUGCGGCAGUCAGGAUUUGGAACAUCGUCUCAGCGAAGGAGUUUCCCUGGCUCGCAGCACUACACCUGAUACCAAUCGCCUAUUCUUUCGCUUGGCUUGGAAAUUGGUCGGUUUGUGCUGAGCGGCUCCUGAUCCCCGAGGAGGACAUGGAAGCACUUCGAUUGUACCAUUGUAGCAGUAGCACAACAUCUCCACAGACAUGUCUUCGCAAUAAGACACACCAGUCGGAAUCGGACACCGGUCUUGAAACUGCUAGUUUCUGCAUGCAUAUGUACAGUUUGCCAGCAUUUGCCACGUGGGCUACUCGCUUUCUUAUGCCGGUUUGUUUCUCUUGA